AAAUUCCAGGGGCGAUAUUGUGAUUAAUGCUCCAUAUUUAAUUAGAUUUUCACACAGUCACACAUCAUAGUUGUAUUAAAAGGGCAGCCGUGUUUAAAAGCCAUCUGUCUUAAAACCUGUGAUUACUCUCUCUUCUGCCCACCACAAUUCCACCACAAUUCCGCUUAAUCUUGGGCACUUUUUUCGAUUUCUUGAAUCUUUCUUCGCUUGCUCUAUUUUCCAGUCGUAAUUAUAUUACCCCAAAAAGCUAUCUUUUUUUUUUGUGGAACUGCUUUUUACAAGAUUUUGGGUGGCAAAAAAGGGUGCUCGUUUGAUUCAAGAAAAUCCCAAGAUUUUUAGUUUUAUCUGAUGGAAGAUCGCAAGGAGAGGAAUGCGCCAUGGCUAUCCGUCCCACAGUUUGGGGACUGGGACCAAAAGGGACCAUUACCCGACUAUUCUAUGGAUUUCUCGAAAAUAAGAGAGAUGAGGAAGCAAAACAAGAGGGACCCUUCAAGGGCUAGUCUUGGGAACGAGGAUGAACUCAUCCCUUCAACCACACGAGGCACCACCGUAGCACCUAAUGAUCAUCGCAACUAUCAUCAGAACAACUCCCCAACGGCGAGGCGGAGCAUCUUCAGCUACUUUAACUGCUGCGUCAAGGCUUGAUUCGCGACGGGGUGCUCUGCAUUUCUAGCAGUAUGUUUGAUGGUGUAAUGAAAUGGUGUUAUUUACCUUGGGUUUUGACCAUUGUUUAUGAAACAGAGUCAUUUGAACAGAGCAUGAUUAGUUAAGAUUGCUUGUUAAACUUUAUUACUUGACUUAAAUUUGAUAAUAAGGUUUUGGUAA